UUUUUUUCUCUUUUUCUUGACGUUCAGAGUAUAACCGCACAAUCUUGGCUGUCGCAUGUGGUCCCAAACAACUAGCCAUUUCAGAUUCGCCUGGUAGGCUGUUUGGGACUGGCGUGCAUGGAGUUGUCCAGUGUCCCGCUAAAACCUUUGUUACCUUGUCUCCUGAGGAAACCUUCGGCCAAAUAUCGAACGGCGAAACAGGGACGGGAAGCUGCGGAAUUAUAAGCAUGGAGGAGACGCGCCCAAACAGGCCCAGCGGCAUUCCCCGGCCGUCAAAGAUCCCCGUCCAAACAUCCAAACUCCCUCUUCCACGAACGAACUCGAUUCGGACCUCUCCGUCACGCGAGAGCCUGAACAGCGCCAACGGGACGGGACACCUGCGAAACCCAAAGCUCCGAACUACCCCUUCUCGCGACCAGCUAGCCCCCGCGCCCACCGCGACUGCAGCCCCUACAAACCGCUCUCAGCCGAGCACUGCGCCCCUGCGUGCCGUAUCGUCGCCUCAUAGCAGGGCGGGCGUCAAUCAGGUCCCGGCUGGCAACGCGCGAGAUCUCAGGCCGGGGCCGAACACAACAGGACAGGAAAGAGGAGGAACAUACGCAGUCGGCCACGCCGUCCGGUCGAGCUCGGCGACCACUGGAUCGCUCCGCCGCCAAUCCUCCCAGCAAUGGAUUUCCGCAGGGACCAUGCCAGAGGAAGAGCCUGGGUUGGGUGCAUCUUCGACCAUAAUCGCUGAGGAGGAUGCGAAUGGGGGAACGAGCCCGGAAUCUCCCUCCAAGCUGCGGCCGUCCUUGGUGGAAAGAACCGUGGAAACUCUCUCCCGCUUACCAUCGUCGCCCUCCGUCAAAGGGAGAGGCGCGGCAUCAUUCUACGACGCUGCCGCCACGAGGCCGACCUCUCCCAUCGAAAGUCAGGGGUCUCGUUCGGAGUCGAACCCUCAGUCAGAUGGAUCCGGUGGGCAGCCAAGGAGUGCCAGUAGACCCGGUUCCAGUUCCGGCCUGGAUGAGUCCAUAUCCGGCUUCCGUUCCCAGCUUGCCACCUCCGAUAACCCGCUUUCGCCCGUCCAAGGCAUCCCCCUUCGCAGCCGACGCAGUGUUCAGUCUCUCCAGAUGUCUUCGGCAAAGACUACGUCGGUCAGGCAAGGACGAACAUCGCUGUACGGGAUGGGGCCACCUAACGCCACUGUGGCCCCCCGCGCGAGAACCCCUAGCCCGGGGAAAACGGGACCUGAGAUCCCAGCGCCCAAGUCCGCCUCGAAAACACUGGCGCCCCGACCGCUCAACAAACGGCAUUCUGUCAACGGCCUCGUCAAGAAGCCAGCAGCCUCGGCACAGGCCAAGCCGGAGACAACCAGGAAGGCGUCCCUGGCCUCGCGGGGCUCAUCUGCAACGUCGGGGGAAGGCAGCAGCAACCUUUCCACCGCGUCGGUUGCGUCAGGAAGCACAGCUAUCACUGCGGACUCGACGGAGCCCGGCCAGUCGUACAAGAAGACCUCGGCAGCUUUGCGUGAGCAAAUUGCGAAGGCAAGGGCCGCGAAGAAGGCCGCCGCUCAACAGAACGCCGUGGGCACCGCGGCCGGGUCUGAGGAACCCGCCUUUGUGCCGGCGGAUGCCAGCUUUGACUUUGGCCUUUCUAACGAUCCGUUCAACCAGAACCGCGAUGAUAAAUCGCAGGCCAAAGUACUGCGCAGCCGACUCGAGACCGCAAGGACAAGCGGCCGGCUCAACAUCGCCGCGAUGGGCUUGAAGGAGAUCCCGGCCGAAGUGCUCAAUAUGUACAACCUCGAGUCCAUCGGCCAGUCUGGCAGUGCCUGGGCCGAAAGUGUUGACCUUACCCGCUUCGUUGCCGCCGACAAUGAGCUGGAAAUGAUCAGCGACUCAGUGUUUCCCGACGUCGACCCGCAGGAACUUGCCGAGGACGAGGACAGCCAAGGGAACAUCUUUGCCGGAUUGGAAACUCUUGACUUGCACGGAAACAUUCUGGUCAACCUACCGAUGGGCCUGAGGCGCCUUUCCUUCCUGACAUCCCUCAACUUGUCCUUGAAUCGACUGUCAAACAGCUGCCUUGAGGUGAUUUGCCAAGUAACCUCACUCAAGGACCUCAAGCUCGGAGGUAACCUUCUGUAUGGUCCGCUUGAUCCAUGCUUCUCCAAACUCGUCAACCUCGAGAUACUCGACCUCCACGGCAACAAUCUCUCAUCCUUGCCCGCCGAGUUUGGCAACCUCUCCCGUCUCCGGAUCCUCAAUCUUAGCGAAAACGGCUUCGAAGAGUUGCCUUUUGAUGUUUUGGCUGGCCUGCCGUUGAGAGAGCUGAUUGCCCGCAAGAACCAGCUCAGUGGCACGCUGAUCAAAGACGCUGUCGAUGCUAUGCCGACGCUUCAGGCGCUGGACGUCUCUUCGAACCAGUUGGCCCACCUGUGCUCGUGGGGAAGAAGCGUCAGGAUGCCCGCCCUUCACCAACUCUGCGUCUCGAUGAACCGGCUGCAGGCGCUGCCUGAUGUCAGCACUUGGACCAGCCUUGUCACCCUCGCGGCUGACGAAAACAGCAUCAAUGCCAUCCCGGAAGGAUUCACGAAGCUGGAGCAGCUGAGGUCUGUGGAUUUUUCGAGCAACGACAUCCGCGUCGUUCCACCCGAGGUUGGACGAAUGGAGAACCUCUCCAACCUCCGGUUGAGCGGCAAUCCUCUUCGUGAGAAGAAAUAUAGUACCAUUAGCACCGAGGAGAUGAAGUCGAUUCUUGCGCAGCGGUUGGAGCCGGAGGCAGUGGAGCAUCAGGAUGAGCCGGCGACUAACGGUCAGGACGAGUAUUUUACCGCCGACGAUUCGGCCAUCAAUACGGCUGCCGACAACCACGUCCAUGAAGAUGACGAAAGCCGCUCCGACCUGGAACACUUUGCCACUCCGCCAACGUCGGCCCCGGCUUCUCCGGCCCGAUCGCGCUCUCAGACGGCCACGUGGCCGGUCAAGUCCGGCGGCGUCCUCGACAGGUCCAACACCGAGUCCUCCUCCCUCCACCCGGUCAUCUGCUCCAAGCUGGCCGCAACCCACAAGGUCUCCGAGAUCCAGCUCCACCACAACCUCUUCACUGGCUUCCCCGAGUCCCUCACUUUCUUUGCCGCAACCCUCACUGCGCUCUCGCUCGCCCACAACCAGCUUGUCGGCGAAACCUACCUCGGCGGCGCCAGCGGCAAUGAGUCCCUCGACCUCCCCGCUCUCAAGGAACUCAACCUCACCCACAAUCACAUCACCGGCCUCACCCCGCUGACAAGCCACCUGCGCGCCCCUCAGCUGCAGAAGCUCGACGUCUCGUUCAACCGCCUCGCCGCGCUGCCGCAGGGCACUCAGCUGCGCGACGCGUUUCCCAACCUGACGGUGCUUCUCGCGUCCAACAACCACCUCGCGGAUUUGGAUCCGGAGACGAUCCGAGGCUUGAAGGUGGUAGAUGCGUCUAACAACGACAUUGCACACCUGAAUCCGCGGAUCGGGUUGCUGGGCGGGAGCGGCGGGUUGGAGAGGCUGGACGUGAGCGGGAACCGGUUCCGCGUGCCGAGGUGGAAUGUGCUGGAGCGCGGAACCGAGGCGACGCUUCGGUGGUUGAGGGGGCGGGUGCCCGUUGCGGAGAUGGGGGCUUGGAAGGGUGAGAAUGGAGAAGAUGACGAUGACGUGGAUUGAAUGAUCGGAUCUCCUGAAGGGGGGUUCCUAGACGGUUCCUCGUAGUUUUCUCCUUGUACAAUUCCCGGCCCGGUUGCUCUUAACCGGCUCAGCCAUCCGGACCCCCCGUCUCCCCUUGGGUGUCUCUUUAUAAAGCAACUCGUCCAGCGGUUCGCUGCUUGUAUUCGUUUCAUGAUACCAACCUCUUGUAAUGUAAUGUAUUUUUUUUUUCUUUUUUCGUUCUCCGUCCAGGCCAACUGUGGCCUUGGGGGUUCGAUUCGAUGUUUUGCUUACUGUAUCAUUAGCUUAGGAAACAAGGGAUGCAUUGGCUGCUAAUCCGAGCAACAGCGCGGCG